ACCCCAGAAAACGAAACGACGCUCCCUCUUGCGUUUUGGGGCUUCCGCGACUUGACACGUCUCGAGCUCGGAACGAAAAACCAAUGGCGACGGAAGAAGUCGCCGUCGAGGGUGGAGACGUCGACCGGCGCGACGUGUCGGCGUCGGAGGAAGAAGUCUCCGUCGUGGGCGGCGACGUCGAAUGGCACGACGUGUCGGCGUCGCGCCUCUCUCCGAGCUCGACCGUGCCCAACGCCACGCCCAACGCCAUCUCCGUCGACAUCGUCGACGUCGACAGGUACGACGUGCCGGCACCGUGCUUCGCUCCGGUCGCCGCCGGGGGCAACACCAAGUCCAACGCCAUCUCCGUCGAGGAGUACAUGGAGGACAGAGACCUCCAUGAAGCGAUCGUCGCUUCUCUUCUCCAAACCGGGUGCCAAAGCCUCAACAAGGACGACGACGUGCGAGUCCUGGACUCGGUUCCCGCCGGAACUCGGUCAUCGUCUUCGCGAAAGCGAAAGAAGCCAUAUAGUGGCUCCUCGGUCACCGAACCUGGUGAGGCGUCGAAUUCCAAGCCCGAUCCUUCAUUUAUCUGUGAAAUUUGCGUCGAGACGAGGACCAACAGCGACCUGUUUCGUAUUAAGGGUUGUAGUCAUGCGUAUUGCAAGGAUUGCGUUACUAGAUACAUAGCUUCAAAGCUUCACGACAACGUGACGCGCAUAGGCUGCCCUGUCUCGGGCUGUGGCGGUGUCCUGGAGCCGGGUUGUUGCAGGUCCAUACUCCCUCCGGAGGUGUUCGACCGUUGGGGCAAUGCAUUGUGCGAGGCCCUGAUUUUGGAGGCGGAGAAAUUUUACUGCCCGUUUAAGGAUUGCUCGGCAUUGUUGAUCAAAGAUGGAGGCGAGGCGGUCGUGAGGGAAUCGGAGUGUCCGAAUUGCCGGCGGUUGUUCUGUGCGCAGUGUAGAGUGCCAUGGCACGCGGACGUGGAUUGUCAGGAGUUUCAGGGGUUAAAGGAGGGGGAGAGAGAGAGGGAGGACAUAAUGUUGAUGAAGCUGGCUCAGAACAAGCGCUGGAGGAGGUGCCCUAAUUGCAGUUUCUACGUUGAGAAGAUUGCUGGUUGCGGGGCUGUGAUGUGCAGGUGCGGAAAAUACUUCUCCUACUACUGAUGUGGAGCCCGAGCGAAAGAGCGACAUUACUGUACAAAGAGCCGGCAUCGAGCCCUCUCGGCAGGAUGUACAUAAUCUCUUCUUUAGGCCAUUGCAGC